CCUUUGUAAAUGAGCCGAGCAGCAGCCUGAUAAUGAGGUUACGUUAUUGCAGGCAGUCAAUACAGAUGAACUAUUGCAACAUGGUGGAGCUGUGCAGUGAGUAGCUGCGGUUCUGUUCUUCAAUUGUGCUAUGUUUGGUCAGGUCUUUGUAUACAAUGAGGGAAUCGUUUGCUUUACACCACAUGAAGAAAACUAAGGAAAAGAGUCGCGAGUGAAGAAUUCGAGAUGAUCCGCCAGGCAACAGACGUCCAGGAGUCAGUGCUGCAGGGUGUCUUCUCUCCGCCUCUGCCUGCUGAUCAUGUGCUCAACUCUGGAGCUGUGUUGUUCCCUGGAGCUUUUGAUCAACAUGGCUGCCAUUUGAUUGUGUUUCCAGUCGAUGGACAAGCCAAACUCUCAUCAGCACUCAGCAAAGCAGAAGUGGUACACUUCAUAAACUACUUUCUGUGUCUGUACAACAAGAUGCAGGAAAAAGAGAGUUUGGUGUCAGUGGUGGCUGAUCUGACACAUGCUUCUCUUCCUACGACAAGGUUCAUCGCUGAGACUCUGCUCCUGCUUGAGCUGCACAAGCGGACAAUCCACACUGUAUAUAUAACUAAGCCCUUAAAAAAGGAUGUUUUCAAGUUGUUGCUGAAAAUCCUGGCUCCAUCAAAGUCUCACGCUGCCUCAUUCAAGAGAGUUUUUCUGAAAGGAAUCCCAGAGCUUUCCAACUACAUUGACAAAAGCCAACUAACAACAUCUCUGGGUGGCUACUUUAUUUACUCUCACCAGAGCUGGGUAGCCUUCAUUAAGGAGAUUGAUGCUUUUGUCCUUGAGUUCCUGUCCGUGGUCCAGCAACUGCCCUCAUUUAUCUCUGCCUUGCAAGCUCUGUCCAGGCUGCCCCUUCCCGCCACUUUCAUUGAACUCCAUCACUUCUCCUCCACCAACAAGGCCAAGUUCCAGCAGCUUAGGAGAGAGCUGGGAUUGGAUGAGCUAUUGAGACAUUGUGAGAGCAUGGUCCAGAAACUGCGUCAUCCUGAGAUGGAGCCAUGCUACCAGGCAAUGGCUGGGACUGCCCUCUUCACCCACACUGCCUUUGACAUGCUUCAGAACCACAGCAGGAUCACUGCAGCUGUGGAAAAGGUGGAGAUGCUGUUGCAACAGGCCUUUUCUAAAGCUAAUUUGCAGCUGCAAGUGUUCCAGCUACAAGAGGAUGCACUGUUGAUCACAGAGCAAAUUGAAACACUUCAAGAGAAGCUUCAGCCUUACAAAGUAGAGAUUGCCAAGGAUGCUGCAGAGGGGGUGAAUUUGGUCUCCCAGUUUGAAGCAUCCAUUCACACUCCUGCUAUGGCACUUGUUCGCUGUGCUGAAGAUUUGAUCCACACUUUAGCAGAGAUCCUGCCGUUUGACGAUCAGAGUGGGGAACACUGGGUUCUGGAUCUGGAAAGGCUGAAGGAGAAACUCCAGUCUACUGUGCACAUCAUUGUUCAAACCCUCAGAGCAGUUUCCAACUACCAUCACUGCUACAACAAGGCAAACCACUGGUAUAGUCUUGUCCUCUGUGAGAACUUCCUCCAGGAGCUGCUGUCAGGUGUUACAGAUCGUGCUCUCCCACAGCAGCAGAGGAGGAACUGGGAAUCGAUCCCUGCAUGGAGGCACAGACUGUCUACUUUCUUGAAGAAGAAUCCCCCUCCCAGUAUGGAAGAACUGCUGUAUCUGGCUCAUCUGUCUAUUGCCAUCCCAGAUAAGGAGAUUCAGCAGAAGGGCAAGAAGAUGUCUCAGCAGUGCAUGAUCCUGAGGAAGCUUCUAAUUUCUUCAGGACCUGUGGCUGUCAGUCACGUACAGCUGGCCUUACAGUGGCAGUUUGAGUUAUUGCGGAGCAGCCAUGUGAAUCUGCCAUCUGGUGACAGCGCUACAAAUAUAACAACCAAAGAUGUUAAAGACGGCCCUUCAGAGUUUGGCCUCACUAGAUGUGAAACCGCUAAGGAAUCGGGAUUUGAUGGAACAAUGAUUAGCCAGCUGAAGGCCGGGGUAGGGAGGGAAGGAGUAGAGGUCUUGGGUAAACCAGACAGAACCAGAGACUCUGGGAGACCUGCCACACCUCAAAUCCCCAAAGAGUGUGUUUCAGGUUUUGAGGAUGACAGACUGGCAUUUGACUUUGGUUCUGUGGAAAACUCAUCCAGGGCUAACUUCCAGAUCAUCCCCAAAGAAACCAUGGAUUUUCUCAACUUUGAGAUCCAAGUAAAUCGCUCGGCUGCACUACCCAGUAACCCUUGGCUUAGCUUGCCGAUAGACAAUCUGGAGCACUCAUAUACUGUCACCAUCACUCAAAAUCCAACACCACAGCAGAGAGAUGUUGAUCUGUAUGGUCUGUCAGACCCCCACACUAAUGCCAAUCGCUCUGACAGAUCUCAAGAUCAGCCUACACAGACUGAGUUGCUGAGCAGUAUACAGAGCAGGGAUGGGAUACUACAUUCACAAAGCAAUCUGGAGGAUCCUGAACAAAGUUCCAUUGGUGACAUGCUCUCCAGCGCCAUUACAGAUGUAACAGAGAAGUCCACCUACACCACAGAAGGGAAUCAUACUCUUCUCUGGGAUUCAUAUGACCUCCAUGAUCAGAAUCGGAAUCCUUUGGAUGGUGUGAUUGAUAUUUCCCUUAAGGACUGGGAUAUGAAGGAGCAGGAGGGUUUGACAGAUGUGAAGAAGAUCCUGGACAGGACUAAUGAAAUAUUGGAGGAGGAAGAAAAUAUUCUGGCUCAGGAGGCUGUGCUGGAGGCCCUGCUGAGGUCGGAGGACGAGCACAAUCCUUGGCCACUGUGCGACAGUGAGGACCACCUUUGUGUGAUGUCCUCUAGUAAGUUGUCCAAAGCUGGUGUUAUUGGCCUGAAGGAGGACUACUUUGACCCUGCAAAAUCUAAUGACCUCAGUGACCUCAGAUCAACUGGAUCUUCAAGUGAAACGAAGGCCCCUGAAGAUGAUGCAUACUGCACAGGAGAUGCAACAGAAGCAGAUGCAGUAACAUUUCACAGCAGGCUAGACUUGUUGACAGAGCUAAGGGAAGUCCAUGUUCUGGACAAACUAUUCAUUGAGGAAAAUUUAAAGAUCUGUGAGCUCUGGCACUGUGAAAACCCGAACAAUAAACUCUUGGGGAAAAAGCCUUCAGAUACAAAUGGGCUGAGUGUGAGCAAAGAAAUGGAGGUUUUUGCAUUACAACUGGAAAAGGAGAAAGGGGAGGUGCAGAAGCUUGAGAAGAGUUUGGACAAAGAGGUUGUAGCGAAGAAGCACAAGGACCGAGCUAAAAAGGUUGUAACGUGUUCUAUAAUGGAGAAGGCUAGAACUGAUAAGGAGGACCGGCCACUUUGUGAUGAGCUUUUAUCAGGUAGAUGUAAGACGCCACAGAGAACAUAUCAGGACCAGAAUGAGGAUACAUGUAAGGUUGAAAAUAUUCAAGCAGAAUUGGGUUCUGAUGUUACUGAAGAAGCUUCACCACCUGAUGAUGUGCCUCAGUGUCAAGAUCUUACUUGCUUUAAGGCUGAUCCAACUUUACAUAGUGAACAUAUGUUAAACAGUACCUAUGAUUUGAAAGAGCCCAAACCAGAAAUUUCUUUAACCCCUGAGAUGAGGCUGCAUGAUGGAUCACUCCUUCCUCCUGUGCCUAAGCCAAGAAAAGCUUCACUUCCUGUGAACUGCAGCCUCAGAGAACCCAAAACUCAUUCACCAGAGCAGUUGAAUCCAGCUCUAUUUUCAACUGCUGAGGAUCCUGGUUUUGUACAACUUGCUCUACAAGAUGAACCACUUGAUGCACUGAUAGAAAACGUGACUCCAUGGAAGAGAUGA